GGCCUCUCCGCCCUCCGCAGCGCUACGGACCCAAGAUGGCCGCCGUGUCAGUUUGGGUCUUCGUUGCCGUCUGGCCUGAGGCGCCUGGGCUCCGCCUCUCCUAGGCCCCGGUGCACAGUUUGCCUGUCAAAAUUGGGAAUACCAAGCAGUGGAAUGAAAUGUAUUGACAUCUUUUUUACUUGUGUGGAUACAUUUUUUUCAUCUGUUUCUUUUUUUGAAGGUGGUAUUGGAAAAACAUGAAUCAGAAGUAGGAAAUACUCAUGUUUGAAAAAAAUAAGAGCAAUUUGGGGCCAAAAACGCAUAUGCUAUGAUUAACUGGUCCUCUUUCUCCGAUCGUCUGUUUUCCCAUUGUGUGAAACUCCUUCAGCAUAGGGAUAAGGGAUAACGACUCUAUGGAUAUAAAGAAUUUUUCACCAUGGUAAAACUCGCUAACCCGCUGUACACUGAGUGGAUUUUGGAGGCAAUUAAAAAGGUCAAGAAGCAAAAACAACGGCCAUCGGAAGAGAGGAUAUGCAAUGCCGUCUCUUCAUCCCAUGGUUUGGAUCGCAAAACUGUCCUGGAACAGUUGGAACUGAGUGUUAAAGAUGGGACUAUUUUAAAAGUUUCUAAUAAAGGACUUAAUUCCUAUAAGGAUCCAGAUAACCCUGGGCGAAUAGCACUUCCUAAACCACGGAACCAUGGAAAGUUGGAUGGUAAACCAAAUGUGGACUGGAAUAAACUGAUCAAAAGGGCAAUUGAGGGCUUGGCAGAGUCUUCUGGUUCAUCUCUGAAGAACAUUGAGCGUUACCUGAAAGGGCAGAAGGAUGUCUCAGCUUUGUUUGCCAGCAGUGCCCCUUCUACCUUUCACCAGCAGUUGAGGUUGGCUAUUAAGCGUGCGGUUGGCCAUGGCCGACUCCUUAAAGAUGGACCUUUGUAUCAACUCAACACGAAAGCAGCCGCACAUGCAGAUGGGAAAGAGAGUUGUGAGUCUCUUUCUUGUCUUCCUCCGGUUUCACUCCUUCCACACGAAAAAGAUAAGCCAGUUGCUGAACCAAUCCCAAUCUGCAGUUUCUGCCUUGGUACAAAAGAACAAAACCGAGAAAAGAAACCCGAGGAGCUCAUCUCUUGUGCUGAUUGCGGCAAUAGCGGUCAUCCAUCCUGCUUGAAAUUCUCCCCAGAAUUAACCGUUCGGGUGAAGGCCUUACGAUGGCAGUGCAUUGAGUGCAAAACCUGCAGUUCCUGUCGAGACCAGGGCAAAAAUGCUGAUAAUAUGCUCUUUUGUGACUCGUGUGAUCGGGGCUUUCAUAUGGAGUGUUGUGAUCCCCCUUUGACCAGGAUGCCAAAAGGCAUGUGGAUAUGUCAGAUAUGUCGACCACGUAAAAAAGGAAGAAAACUACUCCAAAAGAAGGCAGCACAGAUUAAGCGGCGUUAUGCCAACCCAAUAGGACGUCCCAAAAAUAGAUUAAAGAACCAAAAUGCAACAUCAAAAGCUCCCUUCAGCAAAGUUCAGACGGGACCCGGCCGGGGUCGCAAGCGCAAGACCCCCUUAUCCAGUCAGUCGACUUGCUCAUCAGAUGGGGGUUACUUGGAGCAAGUCGACGGUCUGGAAUUCUGCGGCGACGCGAGCAUCACCUUGAAAUUCAACAAGAAAACCAAAGGGCUUAUCGAUGGCCUUACCAAAUUCUUCACCCCGUCCCCCGAUGGGCGUAAAGCUCGAGGAGAAGUCGUGGACUACUCUCAGCAAUAUAGGAUCAGGAGAAAGGACAAUAGGAAAUCAAGCGCUUCAGAUUGGCCCACAGGUAGCGAAGAGAGAUUGACUAUCUGUUUUAUGGAGCUCGGAGGUUAUCAAGACAAUCAGGAUGGCUGGGAUGGAAAACAAGAAAAUGAAGAGUGGCUUCUAGGAGGCCCAGAUGUCAUGGCCGAGAAAGAUAUGGAGUUGUUCAGAGACAUUCAGGAGCAAGCGCUGCAGAAAGUAGGAGUGACGGGGGCACAUGACCCCCAAGUCCGCUGCCCAUCAGUCAUUGAGUUUGGAAAAUAUGAAAUCCACACCUGGUAUUCUUCUCCAUAUCCACAAGAAUAUUCCAGGUUGCCCAAGUUGUACAUUUGUGAAUUCUGUCUCAAAUACAUGAAAAGCAGAACUAUUCUCCAGCAGCACACGAAGAAAUGCGGCUGGUUUCAUCCCCCAGCCAAUGAAAUAUACAGAAAGAGUAAUGUGUCGGUUUUCGAGGUGGAUGGCAACGUCAGUACUAUUUACUGCCAGAACUUGUGUCUAUUGGCUAAACUCUUCCUGGACCAUAAGACUCUCUACUACGAUGUGGAGCCAUUUCUUUUUUAUGUGCUGACGCAAAAUGAUAUGAAGGGCUGUCACCUCGUCGGCUACUUCUCCAAGGAAAAACACUGCCAGCAGAAAUACAACGUCUCCUGCAUCAUGAUUCUUCCCCAGUACCAACGCAAGGGCUAUGGCAGAUUCCUCAUUGACUUCAGUUAUCUCCUAUCAAAACGCGAAGGCCAAGCAGGAUCCCCGGAGAAGCCGCUGUCUGAUUUGGGACGUCUUUCCUACAUGGCAUACUGGAAAAGUGUCAUCUUGGAGUGCCUUUAUCACCAAAACGACAAACAGAUCAGCAUCAAGAAGUUAAGCAAACUGACCGGCAUCUGUCCUCAAGACAUCACUUCGACUCUUCACCACCUGCGAAUGCUUGACUUCCGUAACGAUCAAUUUGUGAUUGUUCGGCGGGAAAAACUUAUCCAAGACCAUAUGGCGAAGCUGAAACUGAACAUCCGGCCUGUAGUCGUGGACCCAGAAUGUCUGCGCUGGACUCCCGUCAUCGUCUCAAACUCGGUGGUUUCUGAGGAUGAGGAGGAUGAUCCCGAAGAGACAGAAAUCGAGGUCCCACAGCAGUCACGGGAGAGAGACAUUGAGGUGAUAAAAUGUGUCUCCUGGGAGAGGAAAGAACGAGAGUCCUGCUUUCCGCUGGAGAGUGAAAAAAAGCCAGAGAUUCUCCCGGUCAACGCCCUGCGAUCUGGCAAGCAAAGUCUUCCCCUAAGUGGUCUUCCCGCCAACAGCCACACACCGCGCAGGGGCCGGUGGAACCGCAAGAACAAAAAGCUGCGGGAAUCCUUCACCGAGAAGGACCCAAAGCUGACCUUGGAGGAGAAGUCGGCAAUGGCCAGGGGCAGCCGAUGCGGCGAGUGCCAGGAAAAGGCGGCAGCAGCGGCGGCGGCGGCAGCAGCGGCGGCCUCUCGAGGGAGAUUUGCCGAGAGCGAAGAGAAGGCAGCGUCCUCCCAGGGACAGUGUGGCAAAUGCGAGGAAAAGACCCCGACUCCCCGAGGGCACUUUGGCAAAGAGGAAGACAAGCUGGCCUCCUCCCAGGGGCCAUUCGGCAAGGGCGAGAAGCCCUCCGUCGGCCAGAGGCGAUGCAGCGAUGGCAUGGAGGUCUGGAAAGGGCAGCUGAAAGCUCUGGAGCCCCUGAAAAGCCGGCUCUCGGAGCAGUGCGACAGGAUAGCCCGACGACACAGCGAGGGGGACCGCACGGCGCUCAGGCACUUCAGCGAGAGCAGCGAAGACGAAGACGAGGAGCCUGCCAGCCCCUGCUCCAGUUCCCCACCAGUUCUCACUAAGCCAGCACUGAAGAGGAAGAAGCCCAUUCCCCGGAAGAGACGAGUCCGUAAGCGGAAAUACCACAACAGCAGCGUAGUUACCGAAACGAUCUCGGAAACGACAGAGGUCCUGGACGAGCCAUUUGAGGAUUCAGAUUCUGAGAGGCCCAUGCCUCAGCUGGAGCCCACCUUUGAAAUGGAAGACGAGGAGGAGGAGGAAGAGGAGGAGGAGGAGGAGGAGGAAGAGAGCGAAUUGUUCUCUCGAGGAUAUCUUCGCCGUCUCUCUCCACAGGAUUCCCUUAGGCACAGACCCUCCUUAAAGAGAGGAAGUCAAGAGGGAGAGGAAUCGGAUGAUACGGCUGAUUCUCCUACUUUGAAACCAGUUUCUUUGCUGAGAAAAUGUGAAUCGCUGGAUUCUCCGCUCCAGCCUGGCACUUCUACCCCCAUGAAAAAGAAGAAAGGCUGGCCCAAGGGCAAGAGCCGUAAGCCCAUCCACUGGAAGAAAAGGCCCGGGCGCAAGCCAGGCUUUCAAUUGAGGCGGGGGAAAGUCCGAGCGCCUACUUCAGAGGAGACAGUCGAUUUCAUGGAAGCCAGUUCCAAAUCAGGGCGUAAGACGAAAAUGCAGGACGAGGAAGAGCUGGUUGAGGAGAAGGAAGAACUUCUGCCCAGUGCUGAAGAAAGGAAAGAUGAAGAUGGGCCCCCGGAAGUCGGUGAUUUAGGAGAAGAGGAAGAUAUUAUGCCUGCUAGAGAAGCGAGGGCGACAUCUCCCGUAGACAGCAGCAACAGUCCAGAAAUGGACUCUAAAGAACCUGAACUGGAGGAAGACGUGGAGAAGCCUCAAGUUCUCGAUGACCAGAGGCCGCCAUCCGAAGAAGAGCAGCAGGAAGCUGAAGAACCCGAGCAUGACCAGGAAGAGGAAGAAGAGGAAGUCGCCGCAGUCGCUAACCAGCAUGAAGAUCACGAUGCCGAUGACGAAGAAGACGAUGGCCACCUGGGCUCUGUCAAAAAGGAUGAGCUGGAAGAGCAGGCUGAGAAGGAGGGGCUGAAGGAAGAACCGGAAGUCCAGGAGCCUUUUUUAGAAACAAGCACACAGGACGAUAGAGAAGAGGAUGCCAAGAAUAAGAGUGAAGGAGAGGCCGAUUCCGAGGAGGAUCCGGUAUCCCAUGAGACGUCGGUAGGGUCAGACCCGGUUCCUGGCUCGGAAGACGACCAAGAAGAAGAGCAGCAUCCUAAGGAAGGGCUGAUUGAGCUGAAGGAAGACGAGCCGAUCCCUCACAGUGAACUAGACCUCGAAACGGUCCAGGCCGUGCAGUCCUUGACUCAAGAGGAAGAAAACCACGAGCAUGAUGUGGCUUACCAGGACUGUGAGGAGACCCUGGCUGCUUGCCAGAACCUGCAGAGCUAUACCCAAGCCGAAGAGGACCCCCAGAUGCCGAUGGUGGAAGACUGCCAGGCCUCCGAACACAACAGCCCCAUCUCCUCGGUCCAGUCUCACCCCAGUCAGUCGGUGCGCUCCGUCAGCAGCCCCAGCGUGCCCGGCGCUCUGGAGAGCAGCUACACCCAGAUCAGCCCCGAGCAAGGCUCCCUUUCCGCCCCUUCUAUGCAGAACAUGGAGACGAGCCCCAUGAUGGAUGUGCCUUCGGUGUCGGACCACUCCCAGCAGGUGGUGGACAGCGGCUUCAGCGACCUGGGCAGCAUCGAGAGCACCACCGAGAACUACGAGAACCCCAGCAGCUACGACUCCACCAUGGGGGGCAGCAUCUGCGGCAACGCCUCCUCGCAGAGCAGCUGCUCCUACGGGGGGCUCUCCUCCUCCAGCAGCCUCACCCAGAACAGCUGUGUGGUCACCCAGCAAAUGGCCGGCAUGGGCAGCAGCUGCAGCCUCAUGCCCCAAGGCAGCGUCCAGCCAACCGCCAACUGCAAUAUCAAAUCUCCCCAGAGCUGUGUGGUGGAGAGACCCCCGAGUAACCAGCAAGCCACGGCACAGCCUCCGCAGCCCCAGCCCCAGCAACCCCAGCCGCCGCCCGCGACGCAGCAGCAGCAACAGCAGCAGCAGCAACAGCAACAGCAGCCGCCUCCCCCCCAGCAGCAGCCGUCCCUGUCGCAGUGUAGCAUGAACAACAGUUUCACUCCGGCACCGAUGAUCAUGGAAAUCCCGGAAUCCGGCAGCAGCGGCAACAUCAGCAUCUACGAGAGGCUCCCUAGCGAUUUCGGGGCCGGGGGUUACUCCCAGCCAUCGGCCACUUUCAGCUUAGCCAAGUUGCAGCAGUUGACCAACACGAUUAUGGACCCCCACGCCAUGCCUUACAGCCAUUCUUCUGCGGUGACUUCCUAUGCAACCAGCGUGUCUUUGUCGAACACGGGCCUGGCGCAGUUGGCCCCCUCGCACCCUCUGGCCGGAGCGGCCCAAGCACAAGCCACCAUGACCCCCCCGCCCAACUUGGCCUCCACGACCAUGAACCUUACUUCUCCCCUGCUCCAGUGUAACAUGCCCACCACCAACAUCGGCAUCCCUCACACCCAGCGGCUGCAAGGCCAGAUGCCGGUCAAAGGCCACAUUUCCAUCCGGUCGAAAUCGGCCCCGUUGCCCUCGGCGGCUGCCCACCAGCAGCAGCUCUACGGCCGCAGCCCUCCCGCCGUAGCCAUGCAGGCCAGUCCCCGGGCACUGGCCGUUCAGCGCGGCAUGAAUAUGGGGGUCAACCUGAUGCCCACGGCCCCUUACAACGUCAACUCCAUGAAUAUGAAUACCCUGAACGCCAUGAACAGCUACCGGAUGCCCCAGCCCAUGAUGAACAGCAGUUACCAUAGCAACCCCGCCUACAUGAACCAGACGGCCCAGUAUCCUAUGCAGAUGCAGAUGGGGAUGAUGGGGAGCCAGGCCUAUCCCCAGCAGCCUAUGCAGCCCAACCCCCACGGGAACAUGAUGUACACGGGCCCUUCGCACCACAGCUACAUGAACGCUGCCGGGGUCCCCAAGCAAUCCCUCAACGGGCCCUACAUGAGGAGAUGAGCAAGACGAGACACACACACCCUCCCCCCGAAAACUUCUCCUUCUCAAUCAAGGAACCUUUUAUACUGACAAAAGCAGAGACAAUGGAUCCUUUUUAUCCCAGUUAAAUAUUGCUGUAGAUCUUAGAUAGGGUUUUGGUUCCCUUUCGGUUUAUUUUAAAAACAAUUUUUUUUAAGGGGGCCUGGUCUUUUUUUUUUUUUUUUUUUACCCUUUUCUUCGUUGGGAGGGGAGGGGUUGGUUCUCUGGCUUGGGGAUCUUGGGUUAUUUUAAUUCCCCCCCCCUCUCCCUUUUCCUUCCACAAUCUGGAAGAAACUUCACUGUUUUCAAAUCCAUUUUGGGAACUGGGCUUUGGGAUUUUUUACCCUGUAUUUUUUUUUUUGUUUUUUUCCGUCGUCGGGGGGAAGGAGCGGGAUUGAAAACGUGCACACAAUAUUCCCGUCAUCGAACGUAAGAGUCCUGCCUUUGCCAGAACCACCUGGGCAGAGUCCGUGGUCUCUUUGUUUUUAGGCGCUGGAGUCUUUUUCUCCCCUUCAUCCUUGUGCCCAGCUCUCCAGAUGGCCCAAUCCUGAAAGGUCAGAACCUUCCCAUCUUCUGCGCCCUCGGCUUUGUGGCAGGCACUGGGAGUGGCGCACGGAGCCCAAAGCAAAUUUUCGGAGCCUCUUUUGCCAUUUCCCCCAAAUAUAGGAACUCUGAAUAGCUGGUAUUUUGUUUUCUCUCCUCCUCCUCCUCCUCCUCUCGUUCUCUCUCUCUCUCUCUCCUUGGGUGAACUGAAAUACGGUUUAAAUGUAACUAAAAUGCACCCAUUACAUAUAUCCAAGCCGGAACUGUGUACUCCAGUCCAGCCGAGUCCCGCCAAAAACGUGGGUGGGGGUGGGGAAGAAACAAGAGUUCUGGAGGUCAGCCCCCAAACCCAGCGACUGGACUUUGCAAUUGUGAAAUCUGCUGGAGAGUCCAGUUCCCAGAGGCACUUGUGCAAAGCUGUCCCGCUCCUGGAAGUCGGGAGGUUAACAUUUAAACGGUUGUCGCAAUCACUUCACGUAUUAUUAUUAUUAUUAUUUUAAAAAAUCGGCUGGCCUGGUGCUAGCGGGCGGGGAGCUAGGACUGACGUAGGAUUCCUCCUCCUGGUAACAGCUCUCCCCCCCCUACUUUUUUUUUUUUUUUUUUUUUUAAAUCCCCUUUGCCUCCUUUCAUCUUCGGAGGUUCACACUAGCUGGAGUUUUUUUUUCCCACACUGCCUUUUUGUGUGAGAGCCUUCUUUUGGGGGGCUUGGGGGGGGGUGGAAUGACAGGAGGAUUCUCCCGCCCUCCCCCCCUGCAUUGCAGUCCAUCCUAUCGAACCGAUCGAUCGAUCGAAGGACCGCGAGGCCUGUGGGGAACACGCCACCCGCCGGAUUGCAAAGGAGGAGGGGGGAAAAAAAUGUAGCUUAUCCUUCUGAUGUAAAGUUCUUCUCUGUAUAUUCCUGUAGAGCUACAGACGCACUUAGAUCGACUUAGAUGUGUAAAAAUUUUGGUUUUUUUGUUUUGUUUUUUUUCAAAGCAAAACCCGAAAGGCAGUUUGGAGGGGCCAGAGCUUCAGCUGCAACUGAGCGGACUUCCUCUGUCCUCCUGAGGAUGGAAAGGCAGAAUCCCUUGGGCUUCCAGCCCUCGUUUUCUCUCGAAUUCUUGAGCAUGUGUACAAGGCUGCGUAGGACCUGGGACCCUGUAAAUAGCCAUCGAUCCAGGCUCACUUCAUCUGUCUUGAAAGGUGACCCAGCCUGUCCCCCUCCUUCCCAGAUCAUCUGCGCAGGUUGGCUGGCAUUGCUUCCCGGCUGCAGGUGGGUAGGAGCUGGUUGGUUGGGGGUGUCGAAAGCAAAGCUGUUGGCACGAGGGCCGUAAAAUAUAUAUAGAUAUAUAUAUAUAUAUUUUCCGUCUGCUGUUACCUUCCCCCCUCCCCUCCCCCGGUUUUGAAUUUUUCUACUUUUUUUUUUUAAUUUUUAAAUCAAUUGGGCAGCUCCCUUUUUUCCACAAACCUUUGUGACUGUAGAGCUUAUUGUAGAUGAACCGGUGUUCUUUUCUAUAUUAUUAUUAAGAAGAAGAAGAAGAAGAAGAAAAAAAAAAAAAGUAUCCAAACACAGUAAUAUUGGUACCUUGUCAUUUUUUUUCUCCACUUCUGGUUUAAGAAAAAGAAAAAGGAAAAAAAAAAAAAGAAAAUAAUAAUGUAUUUUUAGCAAAAAUAAACUUGGGUAAUCUUCUAAAAGAAAUUUUAAAAAAAAGAAAAACUCACUGUUAGUGACUUUGAUGCCUUUUAAAAAAAAAAAGAGCUUUUUUCAUUUCAUUCCAUCUUUAAAAUUUUUUAUCUUUGUUGUAGAAUAUUAAAGACUAUUUUAAGAAAGAUGAAAAUUCUCUUUAAAGAGAUCUCUAGAAUGUGUGACUAGAGCUCCAGAUGCCUCUAAAGCCGCAUGUACAAAAUGAAGCCGCUGUCUAUUCCUGUCUGUUUAUAUUUGCUUUUCCUGUUUUGUAACUUCUUUGUACUUCGUUCUUGGUGACUUGUAAGCUUCAAAAGGGGAAGGGGUGCCUGGAUGAUGAACCCUUGUAAUUCUCCAUGUCAUGAGCUCCUGGGCCUCUCUUCCUCUCCUUGUAUGUAAUAUCACUUUUUCCCUCCCCCCUUUCUAGCAAGUACUUUCAAAAGAACUCUGUACAUUUUAACAUAAAAAAAAAAUAAAUUAUGUUGAGCCAUUUUGGA